AUGCCGAUGCUACGAUUUCCUUCUUCUCAUGAAAAAAUACUUCCUGAUGAUAUUGACCUCAUCUGGCCUCCAACACAAUCACAAAAUCCUGAAGCUCUCGAAGCAAUCCAGGGCUGUCUUAUAGGUCUAGCAGUAGGAGAUGCGCUUGGAGCAAGCGUGGAGUUUCGUUCUCGAGAAUAUCUCGCCGCUCAUCCUGUUCGUGAUAUGAACGGUGGAGGUACAUGGGAUUUACCAGUUGGUAAAUGGACAGAUGAUACUGCUAUGGCUUUAUGUCUUGCUUCAUCACUUAUCACUCAAAAAUAUUUUAAUCCUUAUGAUCAAAUGGUUCGCUACAAAUGGUGGUAUAAACAUGGGUAUUUAUCUUCUAAUGGGCGUUGUUUUGACAUUGGUAAUGGAACUCGUGAUGCACUAGAAGAGUUUAAUAAUCGUCAGAAUCAACUGAAGAAUCAUUUGAACAGUCAUAGUGAAUCACAAGUUGAUGAACUAUCAUUUGAUAUCAUUCAACAAGUCGGCUUUGAUGUAAAUUGUAGUGGGCCAGGCGUUGCUGGUAAUGGUGCUCUGAUGCGUCUUGCUCCGGUGCCACUGUUCUUCUAUCGAACACCUUCUCUUGCAGUUGAACUUUCAGGUGAAAGUGCUCGUCUCACACACGGUGAUGAUGUAGCCGUUGAUGCAUGUCGUUAUUAUGCAGCACUUAUUAUUGCAGCUAUUUAUGGUGAACAUAAAGAAAAUCUGCUUAGUGACCAAUUUUAUCAUUAUUAUCGCGAAUGGUUUGGUUCUCGAGAACUUCAUAGCAAAAUUCUCCGUGUCGCCAGUGGAUCGUUUAAAAAGCCAGGAGGUUAUGAAGAUGGAAUUCGGAGCAAAGCAUACAUUGUGAAAACACUUGAAGCAGCUUUAUGGGCAUUUUGGAGUAGCGAUUCUUUUGAAGAGGGUGCACUCAACGCCGUCAAUCUUGGGGAUGAUACUGAUACUGUCGCAGCAAUCUACGGUCAAUUGGCGGGUGCCUACUAUGGUUAUGAAAACAUUCCAGAAACGUGGAGAUACAAAUUGUACGCUAAUAAACUGAUCAAGUGUAUGGCUACGUGGUUACAAGUUUUAGGUGAGCCAGACAUCAAAUUGUCUGAACAACAAAGAUUCAAUCAAACAAUUUCUUCAGCAGUUGAAUCAUCACAGCUUAUAUAUAUGAAUUCACCACAACUGAAAAGAUUCCAAUCAACAAUCGACGAAAUACCGCAACAAAAUUUUCGCACAAACAGCAGCAGAUCAGUUCCACGACAUCCGCGUUCUGGAAUUAGUUAUUGGAUAUGUCCAAGUUAA